AUGGUGAUGGAGACGAUGGGUUGCGCGCGAUUCCUGCGUCACCACAACGGGUCGGUGCGAGGGGUGGCCUACAGUCCCACCGAUCGCUACCUCUUCUGUUCCGGCGCUUACGACGGAAACGUAUGUCUCUAUCACGCCCUCCGCUGCGAACUGAUCCGCACCUUCCACGUGACCACAAUGGGAUUGGCCCGCAAUAUCAACGCCGUCCGCUUCACCAAUGAUGGACAUCGGAUCCUGGCGGCGACCACCGCUCGCCGGCUAUCGGUGCUGGACGUGGAGACGGGCCAACAGCUGAUGUGUUACGACAACUGUGCCUUCAGUGGUCGCGAGAGGGCUGCGUUGGCCACUGACCCCAUAUGUCCGCACUUAGCCGUGUGCUCGUGUGUCAACGGCAAAGGACUCACUCUAUUUGAUCUCCGAAUGCCACUGCCUUUAGAUUUUAUAUUCGAUUUACAUCCGGACGUGAUUCGGGACAUAACAUUCCUCCACAACAGUUGGCCAUUCGUUAAAUCACAUCAAAGUGCACUUCUGUCCCUUUCCUGUCAGGGCAUCGUUAAGGCGACUACACUGGACGGUCGGUUUUUGCACUGCUUCGAAGUGGGCCACCCGUCCAAUACAGUGGCGCCCACUCCCGAAGAGUACGGGUCGGCGCUGGACGACGGCUUCUCAUCGGUCAUGAUGGUGGGCGGCGCCUCCAUCUCCAGCUAUAUCCCCGAGUCGGGCAUUCAAGAGAGGCAACAGUCCUCGGACUUCAGUUCACAGCAAAUCUGGAAAUUGCGUUAUUCGAGUAACGGUAGCAUUUUGUACGCCGCCGGGGAUGGAGGGGUGAUCAGGCGGUACAGGAGGUAUCCUAACUAUCAUAAGUGUUUGGGUGAACUUUUCAGACAUAAGGGCGAUGUUCAGGACAUGGAUAUAUCGCCUUAUGAUGAAUUUUUGGUCACCGCUUCCAAAGACAAAACAGUUGGUCUCAUAUGUUUGGUUAUGUAUAACAUAUUGUUUAUAUAUGACCCGUACGCCAAAAAAGUGGACUCUAAUGCCUAUACAUCGGAUGAAACCCUAAUAUUUGUGAUAACCCCGACAUAUACCCGGCCCACACAAAUGCCAGACAUGACCCGUUUGGCUCAGACUCUAAUGCACAUCAAGAAUAUGCUAUGGAUUGUGGUCGAGGACUCGACAGUCAAGUCAUUGGCUUUAGUGGAGCUGUUGGAGCGGUCGGCCAUCCCUUUCGUGCACCUAUUGGCCGCUCGACCUAAAGAGCACCAAAAUGUCUACAAAGACGGCCGCGGAGUGUCCAACCGACUCAAAGCCUUACAGUGGCUGAGAGACACCUACUCAAACACCGACCAAAAGGGAGUCAUAUAUUUCGCGGACGACGACAACACGUAUGACAUCAGACUUUUCCAAGAGAUUCGUCGCACUCAGAAAGUGUCGAUAUUUCCGGUGGGUUUGAUCGCGACGUUGGGUCUGUCGGCGCCUAUACUCGACAACACGACGGCCAAAGUGAUCGGAUGGCACGACCCCUGCAAUGGCCGCAAAUUCGCGGUCGAUAUGGCGGGCUUUGCCGUCAGUCUCUCCCUAUUUCUCUCGCGUCCCGACGCGACGAUGAUCUUCAAAGCCGGACUCAUUGAAGACUAUUUCCUCAGAUCAUUGAGGAUUCAAUGGACAGACUUGGAGCCCAUGGCCGGCAACUGUACCGUCAUUAUGGUCUGGCACACGAGGUCCACGUUUAAGGCAUUCCCCUUAUAUAAUGCCAUUAAGAAAGUUAAGAAUUAUAACCAAACAAAUCUACCCAUUCUUUACAAGAAUUUGAAAAUUAACCUUUAUGUCAACAAAACAGUUAAGUCCAAAGGCUUGCCGAAGAGGGAGUGGUCUGAAGCCAUAUAUUCGCCUCAAAGUCAGGCACCCGAUGACCAGACACUAGUGGACGUGCCCUUAGAGCCCAUCACUAUAUCGCCC